CGCUCAGCUUCUCACCAGCCUGAACACAAAACAGUGAGACAGAACGAAAAUCAUCAAUGAAACGAAGAGAAGCUUGAACCAACAGGUCACUGGUAGUGCUGAGUGUAAGUGAUGGAGCUGAAGGUUUGGGUGGAGGGUGUGGUCAGAGUGGUGUGUGGCCUAUCACUAAACACUUCCUGUCAGGAUGUCGUCAUUGCUCUUGCACAAGCAAUUGGUCAGACAGGUCGCUACAUUCUUACCUUGAAAAUACGAGGGACAGAGAGACAGCUAGCUGCUGAUGACUGUCCUCUGCAACAUCUGGCUCAGCUGGGACAGCUGGCUGCGGAGGUCCAGUUCAUUCUGCAGCGAAUAGGUCCCAGCGUCAGUGAUGGUCAAGACAAACCAACCAGAGAAAGACUUCUUCCCCUGCCCAGACCAUCAGAGCCAGGACCCCUCAAACAUAGGGCACCACAGAAGUCUCUCACCUUCAGUCUGGGUCCCUCAACGCUUCCCAGGAGGACUAAAUCAAACAGGGUUUGUUCACCAUCGCCCAGAGCCUCUCCAGAACCGCGGGCUUCCCCUGUCUUUUUCCUAGACCCUCUUAACUCUGUGGAGGCAAUUCCUUCUUACUCCCCUAAGGAGGAGGUGUUUAGACAGGUUCUGCAAAAACAGAGGAAGCUACAAGACCUGGAGAUUCAAAUUGAAUCUCUGGAAAGGGAGACAGAGGUGUUGGACCAGGAAAAGUCAUCUGCUGCAGUUCCUGGUCUGAUGCUGGGCCUCAUAGAGGAACUGGAGGAAUUGGAGCAACAGCUGAGGCUGAAUGAAGAAGAGAUGAUGCACGCAGAGCAGUUGGAGGAACAGUUACAGGCAGAGAUUGACAGAGAACGAGAUAUGCACAGGCGUCUACACCAGAUACAAUCAUCAGUGGAUGAUCACAGUUAUCAGGUCAAAGAGCUCCAAGACCGUUCUGCACAUCUAGAACAGGACAUACAACUCACAGCCCACAGACAAAGCUCACAGGCGAGUACUCAGCAACUAGAGGAGACCCUGAGACCUCUGAAGCAGGAGCUCCACUACCGCCAGCAGCAGGCAGAAGAACUGGAUGCAUCAUUGUCAGGGACAGAGAGAGAGCUACAAGCUGCAGAGGAAAGCCUACAGGACAGAUUGGAGAUGAUUGAGGUACUGAAUAAAGAGCUGCGACAGUGUAAACUGCAGCAGUUCAUCCAGCAGACCGGCGUCACUCCACACACAGACCAGACAAACUCCCUGCCCUUCACUGACGUUUACCUCAGCAACGCUGGAAUUAUGGAGUGACAGAAGCCAAGAAACUGUUGCUGUACAUCAUCAGGUCGUUUAAAAUGAUUAUUACAAUAAUGAUUAUUAUAAAAGUCAUUCACAGAUCUUUAAAAGUAGUGCCACAACUUGAAACAAGAAAAUCCUGUUUUCUCAUUUUCACUGAAAUAAAUGCAAAAAAGUAUUAGAAGUAAAAUGUUCAAAGAUAUCAAAAGAAAUAAAUACGGACAGCGAAGAAGAGUCAAGUUUAGUUCAACUUUUAGGGGAUUUUCAUGAUUUCAGAUAAGAUAAAGAAGGAAAUUGUUGAGAAAUGCAGGAUAGAAGGAAAGAAAGAAGGAAUUAAAGAAUGAACGGAAAUGGAAGUGAAGUAAGAAGCAAUAUAAGAAAAAGAAACAGAAAGAAAGAAAGAUGGAAGGAAGGAAUUUUAGAGAUACUGUAUAAGAAUUUGACCUGACAACAGACAUAUUUUAUAAGUUAUCCCAUAUUAAAUGUGAAGUUACUCUGUCGGAUAAGUGUAAAAAGUACAAUAUUCCCCUCUGAAUUGUGGCAGAGGAAAAGUAGAAAGUCCAAUUUUAAUGAUUACAAGCUCAAAUUAACAGAAACAAUCAUGAAUAAUUAAACAUGGAUAUGUGACACUGGCAUUAUCUCUGUUUCUACUGCAGGGCAUAGACUGGAAGUAAAACAUGUUGAGGGGCAUCCAGACCUUUCUGUGUGUGUGUGUGUGUGUGUGUGUGUGUGUGUGUGUGUGUGUGUGUGUGUGUGUGAGUGUGUGU